AUAACAUCACUAGUAUAACAAUGAGAGAGGACGACAUCUUUUGUUGUCAGACUGAUUUCUGGGUGUUUAUAGUCAUAUGUUUGGUGCUUGUGUCAUUUGCUGGUAUUGCAUCAGGCCUUGCUUUAGGGCUCUUGUCCUUCAGCCAAGUUGAUCUUGAGGUCCUCAUCAAGUCUGGUCAGCCCCAAGACCAGAAAAAUGCAGCAAAGAUUCUGCCGCUUGUUAAGAAUGAGCAUCUACUUUUAUGUACUCUCCUUAUAGGCAAAUCACUGGCAAUGGAGGCACUUCCCAUUUUCCUGGACUCAAUUCUCCCAGUUUGGGCUGCAAUUCUUGUGUCAGUCACCCUUGUACUUGCAUUUGCGGAGAUCAUUCCUCAAGCUGUAUGUUCUCGAUAUGGACUAAGUCUUGGUGCAAAAAUGUCUCACUUGGUACGGUUGCUUAUGGUGGUCUUCUUCCCUCUAUCAUACCCUUUCAGUAAGCUGUUGGAUUGCCUCCUUGGCAAAGGGCAUUCGGCACUCUUAAGACGAGCAGAACUGAAAACAUUGGUGGAUCUGCAUGCCAAUGAGGCAGGGAAAGGUGGAGAGUUGUCGCAUCAUGAGACUACAAUUAUUUGUGGUGCUCUAGAUCUUACUCUGAAGACUGCUGAAGAUGCAAUGACUCCCAUAUCUGAAACUUUUUCCCUUGACAUAAACUCCAAACUUGACAUGCAUACACUUGGUUUGAUAAUGAGCAAAGGCCACAGCCGCAUACCUAUAUAUUCUGGAAGCCGAACAAACAUUAUUGGCCUCAUUCUGGCAAAGAAUUUGAUCUUCAGCCGGCCGGAAGAUGAAACCCCAAUAAAAUACUUGACUAUCAGGAGAAUUCCAAGGGUUUAUGACAGUUGGCCUUUAUAUGAUAUACUGCAUCAGUUCCAGAAAGGUCAUAGUCAUAUGGUUGCUGUGGUGAAGAGUAAGAAGGAUGUUAAUGGAGAAAAGGAGAACAAGGAUUGCAAGCCUAGCUUUCUAGAGACACAGACUAAUUCAAGGUUACAUUCAACACUAGCAGAGAGUAAAGGUUUAAAUUCUCGAAAUGAUCAGAAUUAUCGUCUGAGUUUCUCCAUGGACACAUCCCCUCUAUAUUCUACUGAAACUGAAUACUGUACUCCGACGUCAAAGCAUGUCAUGGAGCAAGACGAAGAAUCACAGACACAAAGUAAUAGACAUAAGCAAGGAAAAGGUAGAAAUACAUCAUCUGGAAAUUUAGAAUCUCUUCAAAGUAGCAUGGAUGAGGAGGUAAUUGGUAUCAUAACAAUGGAGGAUGUUAUGGAGGAACUGCUACAGGAAGAUAUACUGGAUGAAACAGAUAAUUAUGUCGAUGUCCACAACAAAAUCAAAAUCAACCUGCUACCAUAUUCAAGAAGAUCAUCACCCUCAAAAUCUCCAAGAAAAUCUGCAUCUCAUAUUUAUUGGAGAACUCCAGAGCCAUCUCCACUAUCUUCAUACAGCACUCCCAUACUCCGAUCACCCACUUCCCCAUACAUUCAACCUCCCAUCUUCAUAAGACCUCGUCUGUAUGCUUCCCCUGCAAAAUCAAUACUAGGUACUUCUCCAACUGGAUCUGCAGGCCCUCUUUGCAGCUCACCGUCCUCACAUCGAGCCUCAAGAAAGUCGAAUGAGAAGCUUUCCGGUGACCAUAUAGCUUCGACUCACUGAGUUAAGUUAACGGACGUUACCACUGUUUUGAUUAGAUUGAGUGGAAGGACACCAUUACAAUAAUAUCUUGAAUUGCAGCAUGUCACUCAAUUUACAAUAAGACUAGAGGUACCAACUCUUUGUAUAUAUGUAUAGCUUGU